UGGAAACUAUUGAGAGUGUGCAGUGAAGCAAGAGCAGAGAGAGCUUUAGUCCCAACCAGAACAGAGCUUCUCAAAAGACCCAAGCUUUACCAAGAUGAGUACCAUGAAGUUUUGCCGCGAAUGCAACAACAUUCUGUACCCAAAGGAGAACAAGGAAGACAAGAUUCUCCUCUAUGCGUGCCGCAAUUGCGAUCACCAGGAGGUUGCUGAUAACAACUGCGUCUACAGAAAUGAGAUACACCACUCAGUUGGGGAACGCACUCAAAUCUUGCAAGAUGUAGCUGCAGAUCCAACUCUACCUCGCACAAAAGCUGUGCGCUGUGCUCAGUGCAAGCACGGAGAAGCUGUCUUCUUUCAGGCAACUGCUAGAGGAGAGGAAGGGAUGACGUUGUUCUUUGUUUGCUGCAACCCAAACUGUGGUUACAGGUGGAGGGACUAAUAUGCUCAAGUUUCAUCUAAUCAAAUCUAGUUGUGCUCAGAAUUAGUUCUGGUGUACUUAUGAAAUUGGAUUAAGGUUUAUUAAUUGUGUAGCAGACUCUUUUAAGCGGUCCUGUAUGAGCCCCGAGAUACUCCUUCAUUUCAGACACCAGAAUUUUGAUCCCUAGUGUAGGUUUUCAUGUGUAUGGACCAUCAAUUGACAUUAACAGGCACUUUCAUUUUGCCAGAAUAGCAGUAUCCUGAUUUCCCAACUAUUUGGUUUGUCAAUAUGAUAGUUCAGUUGUGAACUUCUUAUAACUGCCAGUGCCAGACCUGUAGAAUCCCUGCCUGCUUGCCCUCUGCUAUUAUCUUCUAGGGCCAUAGCUUGUUAGAAUCUAUUUCGCUCCCACGUAGUUCUUUGUUCGUUUCUU